AUGGGAUACUAUGAUAUUGAUGAUAUACUGGCAGACUCUGUAGAAAUACCGUGCAAAUUUCAACAUGAUAUACCAGGUCUAGGUUAUUUGGAAAAUAAUCCAGGUAAACCAAUAAGCAAAAAUGCCAAAUUAGAUUUACCCAUCUGGUUAGCAAGAAUUCUUGCAAUUGUUGGAGGUGAUGCUAAUCCAGAUACUAUGGAAGAUGAAGAACCUCUACCCUUUGUAGAAUUGUUGACUCCGGACAUGUUCUCACCGAAAGUUAUCAAUGCUAUUAAAGCGGACCCAGCUUCAUUGGAUUUGCAUGCUAUAAACUCAUAUUUCUAUAGUCUUGCUACUAAAUGGAUCACAUUAUUUAAUGAUAAACAAUUGGCUGAAGUGGUGCAUAAUUUAUUAUUGGAAAGGUCACAAAUUAUAAAUAAAUAUGCAGGUAGUGUGCCUGUUGAUUUGUUUCAUUCUUCCACAGAUAUAGGUAGUGGGAAGAAAACUGGACAUAGUAGUCAUGGUGGUAAUUCUUCGAUGGUUAGAGUCUCGAACAGCACUUUUUUAUUGACAUUAGAUGAAUUUGAGAAGAAAAUAUAUAAAAAGUCCCAUGAAUCGUAUAAAGAUACGAAAAGGUGGAUGUUUGAAAAAUAA